CAUGGACCUAAGUAGGUGCCUUGUGGUUGGUGUGUGGUCGGCACACCAUGCAGGUCCCGCCACUGGCUACCUGAUCUGAUACCGAUUUGUGUUUAUAAAGGACGGCCUCAAUGCUGCGUAAUGUGUCAUAAUUGUUUCAACUGUCGGAGUAACCGUAAGAUAAUGUUGCACGCUGUGUUCAUUGUUGCAAUUCUUGCGACAGUCCUUGCAAAUGACGAUGGCUGUAAUGAAAUGGUGUGUGGAUCUGUCGUUUCCAAGUGCCUGUUGACGCAGAGCUGUCAAUGCAAGCUGAACGAUUGUCACUGCUGCAAGGAUUGCCUGAAUUGCCUUGGAGAUCUGUACACGGAGUGCUGCGGCUGUCUGGACAUGUGUCCGAAGCACAACGACGCGCUCACAUCGCUCACGCCACGGUCCGAGAUCGGUGAUGUGGAAGGAGUGCCAGAGCUCUUUGACACGAUUACAGCCGAGGAUGAUGAUCAGUGGACGACCAUACGGUUCCCCAUGCGGGCGGGACUCAAGCGGCGCAUGGAGGAGGGCAACGACUCGUAUGCCAUGGAUGUGAUCGGACACAAGCCGGCGGCUAGCGUUAACUGCACCGUCAUUUACAUAAACACCUGCAUCAGAUCCCACAAAUGCAAGCAGCAGUGCGAGAGCAUGGGGGCCAAUAGUUAUCGAUGGUUCCAUGACGGCUGCUGUGAGUGUGUCGGUGCCAAUUGCCUUAAUUAUGGCAUCAAUGAGAGCCGCUGCAGCUCUUGUCCCGAGGAACAACAGUCACAGAGUCUCGAUCCAGGCGUUUCAGACGCCGAGCAAGAUUUGGAGCGCAUGUUUGGCAUCGAAGAUGAAGGAGUUGAUGAUGACAUGUGGGACUAUGGAGAAGAUGAAGAAGACUUGACAUAGAAAUGAAAACCUAAUA